AUGCUACAUACCAGUGCUGAACGCGCGUGCACUAAGGGAAAGCGGCUGCUGGUGGUGGGGGACAGCCAGCAGUGGGUGCUCUUCUUGCACACGCCCACUGGGAUACGCCACUCAUUAGCAUUCACCCUCUCUUUCCCCAUAUCCACCAGUGCUGCACGCACGCGUUUGAAGGGCAGGCGGCUGCUGAUGGUGGGGGACAGCCAGCAGUGGGUGCUCUUCUUGCACACGCCCACUGGGAUACGCCACUCAUUAGCAUUCAUCCUCUCUUUCCCCAUAUCCACCAGUGCUGCACGCACGCGUUUGAAGGGCAAGCGGCUGCUGGUGGUGGGGGACAGCCAGCAGUGGGUGCUCUUCUUGCACACGCCCACUGGGAUACGCCACUCAUUAGCAUUCACCCUCUCUUUCCCCAUCUCCACCAGUGCUGCACGCACGCGUUUGAAGGGCAAGCGGCUGCUGGUGGUGGGGGACAGCCAGCAGUGGGUGCUCUUCUUGCACACGCCCACUGGGAUACGCCACUCAUUAGCAUUCACCCUCUCUUUCCCCAUAUCCACCAGUGCUGCACGCACGCGUUUGAAGGGCAAGCGGCUGCUGGUGGUGGGGGACAGCCAGCAGUGGGUGCUCUUCUUGCACACGCCCACUGGGAUACGCCACUCAUUAGCAUUCAUCCUCUCUUUCCCCAUAUCCACCAGUGCUGCACGCACGUGUUUGAAGGGCAAGCGGCUGCUGGUGGUGGGGGACAGCCAGCAGUGGGUGCUCUUCUCGCACCUGCUCUCCUUCCUCUCCUCCUCCUCCCGCUGCCGCCUCCUGCAAGGUCUGGGCGACCGCCGCUCCUCCCUCGUUCGCCUCCGCUGUGACAAGGUGUGUGAGUGCUGGGUGUUGGGGGGAAGUUUAGAAGCAGGGAACAGGAAAGGGAUUAGAAAAGCCCCCCUCACCUGCUCUCCCGCUGCCGCCUCCUGCAAGACCUGGGCGACCGCUGCUCCUCCCUCGUUCGUCUCAAAUGCGACAAGGCUGUGUGGUCUCCUUCUCUCCCUGCUCUCUGAACCCCGCCAGGCGCACAUGCAGGGGCCUGUGCCGUGGGUGCCGGGGUCAGAAGGGCAGCACGCGCACAUGCAGGGCCCUGUGCCAUGGGUGCCGGGGUCAGAAGGGCAGCACGUGGCAGUGCACCACACCUACUUCGCCCCCACUGUUGGCGCCACCUACUAUGGUGCAGAGGGCAACGGAUUCGCAGUUGCAAGAAUCCCAGUGGAUCUGAAUGCAACCAGCACGGAUUCAGCGUCCAUCAGCGAGAAGAAGCGCAGGCGGAUCCAGGAUGAUCACUCUGCAAGCAGUGCCGGAACGACUAGUGGCAGCAGCAGCAGCAGCAGCAGCAGCAGCAGCAGCAGCAGGAGGAGGUGGAGCGGGGACAGAAGCCAAGGAGGAGUGGAGCAGUAUGAUUGGUUGGAAGGCCGGGACGUGCUCGACAUGUCAGCUACAGACGAGGACCCUCGGGAUCUCCGCACAGCGAGCAGGAUUCGGGAGGAGGAGCAGGAGAGGGAGCGGCAGCGGGCGGCAGAUGCCGACCAGAUUGUGGCAGUGUUUGUGGCGCACUCGAACGCGUCAGAGCCGCUGUACCGGGAGUGGAUGGUGAACCACACGAGGCGUGGCCCGCUGGCCAAUGAGCACGCGCCGUUUGACUUUGUGCUGGCGUCCAGUGGGCUGCAUGACCUGGCGGCUUUCGAUUCGCCGGAAGAAUAUGCCGCCGCUCUUGAUCGGGAGUUUGUGGCGUCGGUGCGAUUCGCUGUGAAUGGCGGCUUGGGAGGGCCGGGGUCAGCAGUGGUGUGGUUGGGGCCGUGGGCAGUGCAGCAGUCAGCAGUUGCUCCUGACCUGCUGCCUUCUAUGAACCACCCUCGCCUCUCUGCUUUCGACGCCGCCGCACACAGCCUGAUCAAUUCAUGGAAGGUUCCUUUCAUCUCAACCAUACCCAUGACACUCUCAAGGCCAGACCUAUCAAAGGAUGGGACGCAUUAUUCUUGGCCUGUAUCCAUGGCCAUGUUGGAGCUAUGGCUUGGCUCUGUGUGCCCUGUGCAGCCUACCAUAAAGGACUGUCAAGACGACGCGAUUGGUGCGUCGAGAUCCGGCGGGAGACCCGCGAAACGAGGCCCGGGCGUGGGAAGCAGCGGCGGUGGCGGCGGAAUGGAGCAGGAUCGGGAAGCGGGGCGGACUAUAAAGGGGAUGACGAGCGAGCGGGAUGUGGAUGGGUUGACUGUUGAGAGGCUGAGAGCGUGUUUGAAGGAGAAGGGGCUGUCGAUCAGAGGGAGGAAGGAGGAGCUAGUGACCAGACUGAAGCUGGCUCUGGGGUUGAACUCCAACUAG